UCGGCCUUCUUAUCGGGGCCUGCGGUGCAGUCGAGAAGAAUUUGACCCUCCCGGCCUUCUCGUGUUCCAGCAGAGCGGAGAAACCGAGCUACCUACUGUCAGACACAGCAGGCAGUGAAGGCUGGCGACCCACGGGAUGACCUCGCUGCCCGCUGCCCCGGGAGACCUGGAAGAUCUGGGAGAGGCGGGAAGAGCGAUGCCGCGGCGAGUCGACCCGGUGCAUCGCUGGCUCAAGUGGCAGACCUUCUUCCUGAGCGUGUGGGGCUGCUGGCCGCGCGGCAGGUACAAGCUGUACUACGCCUACACGGCGUGCUUCGUGGUCAUCUACGCCAACCACUUCUACUCGUCGCUGUACGGCAUCAGCCGCGUGCUGGGCGACCUGGACAAGGUGCUCACGUUCGCCAACAACUCGUCCAUCACCAUGCCGGCCUGCCUGAUCUUCGCGACGGUCCUCACGCACCGCGGCAACAUCCGGCAGCUGUGCGAGGUGGUCGAGGCGUUCUGCCACCAGCCGGAGGUGGCCAAGCACCUGCACGUCCUGGAGCGGACCCGCAGGAUCAUGCGCAACCUGACGCUCGGCACGCUGCUCAUGGGCGUGCUCGACUCGCUCACGUGGUGCCUCACCGAGCGCAGCGUCACCUCAGUGUUCGCCUACGCCAACCGCACCAACCCCUUGCCCUUCGACCGCUACCUGCCGUUCGAGCCGAGCGCCUCGGCGCCCGCCUUCCACGCCGCCAAGGCGCUGCUCUCCUUCGAGUUCACGCUCAGCGUGUGCACCUUCCUGUCCACCGACAUGGCGUCGCUGGCGCUGCUCGCGUACGCCUCCUCGCAGCUGGAGGUCCUGCUGCGCUGCCUGGCGAGCCUGCGCCAGGACUCGCUGGAGCACGUGGCGGCGCGCCGGCAGGGGCAGGCCCCCGCGGAGCAGGAGGUGCUGACCGAGAUGAGGCGUCGCCUCAAGGUGCUGGUGGACCUGCACCGCUCCGUGCUGCGGUACGUGAACGACCUCCAGAACAUGAUCGGCAUGCUGAUGAUCGUCGUGUUCUUCGCCCUGACGUUCAUGAUCUGCCUGUCGCUCUUCCAGGCUGUGACGAGGGACAUGUCCUUCAGGCAAACAUACAAGUUCGCCUCGGCAUGCAUACACGCCACGGUAGAAGUGUUCAUCUACUGCCGACUGGGGGAGUCGAUCACUUCUAAGAGCGGGGUCGUGGGCACGACGCUGUACUUCACGGACUGGUACGACGAGCCGGACGACCUCAAGAAGGCCUACCUCGUCAUCAUGACGCGCUCGGACCGCGCCGUCGUCGUGCGCGCCAAGCCCUUCUACGACGUCAACAUGGCCACCUUCGUCAGCGUGAUGAACGCGGCCUACACGUACUUCAACCUCAUGAGAGAGUUCAACAAAUAAGAACAUGAACAACACCUGGUGCACUCAAAGCUUCACCGCACCACCAACAGUCACUGCACAAUAACGGCGAGUUCAAGUUUCUUUGUAGGUUUGAAGACGUCUGAUAGUCAUUCAUCAGACAUGUAUGUUGUUUUUAUUACCCGUAGUCACUUUGCAGUAUUUAACUCUUUCUUGCCGAUAAUUAACUCAGCCAUAAGUACAGAAACACGUUGCUUAAUUGCUUAUUCUAUUGCAGCGAGGACACUAAAUGUUUUGCCAAAGAGUCACCGCACCUGUAUAUAUAAUUAUAUAGGUAUAUAUAAUUUAUAUAUAUAGGUAUAUAUUGCUAUUUAUAUGAUU